AUGCUCAAGGUCCUUUGUACUUCACGGAAGUUUAUUAAUGUGUCAGAUUUCAAAAAUUUGCUGACAGAAUCAAAGAAACUUCACUAUGAUGCCUUACUUACCAGCAAUAUUGUGCCAAUGUAUCCUGCAUUUAAAGUGUUAUGGAACUACUUCCAUCAAACCCUGCUACCUGAAUAUGCUGCAGCCAGAAAUGGUGUCAAUGUAGUCAGUGGUCCCGUGUUUGAUUAUGACUAUGAUGGGAUCUAUGAUACCUCGGAAAGGGUGAAAAGACACCCUGGUAAUUCAGAAAUUCCAAUUCCAACUCACUUCUUCAUUGUGCUGACUAGUUGUAAAAAUACUUCUGAAACUCCUUUGGAGUGUGAAGAGUCUUUAGAUACGUUGCCUUUCAUUGUACCUCACCGAGAAGACAACAGUGAAAGCUGCACAGAUGGCAAGUCUGAGUCCAUGUGGGUUGAAGAGAGAAUGAAGUUCCAUACAGCCCGGGUCAGAGAUAUAGAAUUACUUACUGGACUUAGCUUCUAUCAAGACAGAAAACAGCCAGUAUCUGAGGUUUUGCAGUUAAAAACAUAUUUGCCAACGUUUUAA